AUGAAAACUACAUUUUUCUCUGACCACAUUUACAUUUUAAAAUGUUUAAUUCGUUUAUACAUGCCAGAGAUAAUGAUGAUUAACCUAAGCAGAAAUUUAUCAUCACCCCAAUCUAUUUAUCAAUGUAUUGAUUGGUUUUUAUAUUUUAUAUCAACCAUUUACACAAUUUUUAUAUUAGGACCAAUUUUAAAUUGUUUCUCGUUAUAUCUUGGUGGUCGGAAAAAUUUCGGCCGAACACUAGUCGCAUUAGUAUUAACUUAUUUAUGCUUGAUUCUAUGUUUAUUGUAUACAGUUUUGAUACCACGUCGUCUUUUCAUUUUGAAUUCAUGUUAUUUAUAUAGUGGAUAUAAUUCGAUCAAGUGUAGUUUACGUACUGAGGGUACAUGGUUUUCGUUACAUUUUACAUUAAGUCAUCUAAUCAUCGUCAAUAUUUAUUUUCAUUAUUUAUCUGCUGUUUUCAUUAAUCCCGGCAAUGUACCACGAAUUCCAUAUAAUACUACUAGUACUAUGUGUUCACGAUGUUUUGUAUCACGUCCAAUAAGAGCACAUCAUUGCGCUAUAUGUAAAACAUGUAUAUUAUGUAUGGAUCAUCAUUGUCCAUGGACAGCUAAUUGUAUUGGUUUGUAUACACAUCGCCAUUUUUAUUUAGUAUUGAUAUUUAUGAGUAUUGGUGGGAUAUAUUUGCUAACUGUUGGUUGGUCAGACUUUCGAAGCUACUUAGUGGAAAUUAAUGAAAAUCAAAUCAAUACCACUGUAAAGUAUUCAUCGAUUUGGUUCAACUAUAACACAUAUUUACCAUCGAAUAAAUUCUUCAUUCCAUUGUUCAAAGGAUGUUUCAUUUUCAGUGUAAUUGCAGUUCCUUUAGUAAUUGCUCUAUGCACUUGGCAUACAUAUUUAAUUAGUAGUGGUGAGACAAGUAUUGAACGACAUAUUAAUGCAAAAUUCACUAAAAUAUUAAAACAACGUGGAGUGAUUUAUCGUAAUCCGCAUGAUUUUGGUAUAUUUUUAAAUUGGAUAAAAUUUCUAUGCCUUAUUGAUAAGCAUGAAAUGGCUAAUUAUCAUGUCAAGAAAAAAUCAUUUCGUUUAUAUUUUGUACUUUGUAAAAGGUUUUUUAAUCGUAUUCUAUUACCUUCCUAUCAUAAACCUUAUGAUGAUGGUUUUAACUAUGAAUUAAGUUUGAAUACUGCUGAGUCAGUUUUAGAAUCUUUAUCAGAGUCUGGAAUGUUUUAA